AUGUCUUCGAAGGGGUCCCAAGAUGGCCAGAGGCGCAAGAGAACCAAGUUUGACAAAAACCAAUACAAGAUUCUUAUUGAGGCUUUUGAAAGUGACGCUUACCCUGAUGUUAAUGUCAGAAUAGAUCUGGCCAAGCGAACCCAAAUUCCUGAGCCACGAAUCCAGGUCUGGUUUCAGAACAGGAGAGCUCGAGUUCUUCUGAAGAACACCCAGAAGGAAGAGGCACAACCCCCAGUUCCGGAACCCAUUCAGGGAGGAGUCAGCGCCCCAGUUCCAGGAGCCAGUCAAGGUGGACUCUGUGCCCCUGACUAUCCUUGCCAGCAGGGUCUUCUGGCGGCCCAGAGAGAUGCCAGUUUCUGUUCCUGGAAGCUGGAGGAUGCUUCUGGUCAAGCUGAUUUUUGGGGGUAUGCUGAUGGCCUGGGCAUGAAUGUGGCCUCACCUGACCAGCAGGCCCCAGCUAAUUGGCCUUCUGGAGACCUCCACUCAUCCCUCUCCUUGGGCUACAGCCCUAAAAUUCUUACCGCUUCCCAACAGCCCUUCUCACAGCUGGAAGCUGGCAGUGCAGAGACUCCUUUGGGGGACCCUGGACAGCUCCUGGCAUAUGGGAACUGGGCCCUGCAGGGGUGUGGGCAGCAUCUUCCCCCUGGUGGACAGCAACCAUGGUGGAGCUGGCAGCCUGCGCCUGCUCUGGAGUCUCAGAUGGCACCCCAGCAGCAGCCGUCCCAGAACUCAGAGAAUUGGGCGCCCUUGUGGUCCUGCGCACCCCUUCUGCCCACUCCAGCAUCUUCACCCCCUCAACCCCCCCUGCCCCAGGAGCCCUGUUUCCAUCCUGCUUCUCCCCAGCCCUAUCCAGUGAAGGCACCUGCCAGCCUCAGGAGCCGUUUCCAUCCCUACUUCUGA